CGUCAGUUUUCUCGGUUUUCUCUGGUACGAGCGCAGUGUUAUAAGAUUCGAGGAAUUUCAAUCGCAGCGCCGUCCGCCGAGGAAUAGGACAAUAAACAUACAUAUUUGAUCGGUUGCCUCAAGGUAUGGAGCAUGUUUCUACUGAUUUUUACAAAAAAUGGGUUUCAAUAAAAGAGCUUUUCAAAUAUCGCCGUAAGAUUGUUGGGUAUGACGCGAUACAGAGAACGCAACCAGUGCGUGCCAGUACGCUGUAGAAAUGCCAAAUGAUCGCGCCGCGCAUGGGCGCAUCGUAAGUAAAUGCACGAAGGGUUUGCGCACGCAUGCAUGAUAGUCACGUUUUAGUUACCGCGAUUUUUCGAUCAAGUGGAAGCACCGUCGAUUUACACAAUUCUCUUGUUUUUUCUUAAUCAAUCGUUGACUGGAGAUACGAAAAAAAUGCACAGGACUUUUUCCGUAAACCUCGAUGAGAUUUACAACUUCGACUGAAACAUUUUUCGCUAGAGUGAAAAGUAAGUAUUUUGAAUAAAGAUUUUCAUAUUCUUCUACUCUGCUUUUGCUUCGCAAUGCGCUUCUGACGCUCUUCUAGAUGAACAGGCUUUCUAGAAGAGCGUUUCUUCACCUUCAUAGGAGUCCUACACUACAGCAGGACUCCUGUUGCCAAACCUCCUCUCGCCCUCGCUGUCACUGCCACCAGCCACCAGGUGACACUGGGUGCAGAGACAUAGAGAGAGAGAGAGAGUAACCGGAAACAUUUACACACCGAGUUCAAACGAAAUCCAUAUAAGUAAAAAGUGAUCGUAUCUAAUAAAUGUCGUUUCCUUCGCAUAUAAUUUUCCCCGUUCGAUCAACCAGCCAGCAAGUCUGUUAUGCGAAAUGAGAUCUGCAUCCAUUGAUCUAACCUAGAGGCUGGCAGACUUCGUGUCGUUCGAAGCCGUUCGAUCGCCGAGAAUCACGAAGCUCGUUAGUGAUAAUUGAAACAAAAAUCGGGAUUCCCUGAAGCGGACGUGAAACGAUUAUUUCUAUCCGAAGUACUAAAACAAUGGAGGCGAAUGGUGGCCAGAUUCAGGCGAUCGGCAGGGUUCUCAAUGACCGAAAUCGCCCCUUGAAAGAAAGGUUCCGUGCAUUGUUUACAUUAAGGAACAUCGGCGGGUCUGGAGCCAUUGAACAGAUUCGCAACUGCUUCAAUGAUGAGUCGGCACUGUUGAAACAUGAACUGGCCUACUGUUUGGGCCAAAUGCGUGACCCAGGCGCAAUACCAGUACUUGUGAAUGUGCUGAAGAAUGCUGCACAGGAGCCAAUGGUCCGCCACGAGGCUGGUGAGGCUUUGGGAGCGAUCGGGGAACCGAAAGUACUUCCAGUUUUGCGGGAAUAUAGUAAGGAUCCAGUGGCAGAAGUGGCUGAGACGUGUCAAUUGGCACUGUCGAGGAUAGAGUGGUUGAGAUUGAACGACACUCCGGAAAACUUUGAGAAGAGUCCUUACAUGUCAGUGGAUCCGGCGCCACCACUGGAUUCCACCGACGUAGAAGCGCUCAGAUGCAUUCUUUUAGACGAGAAUGGCUCAUUGUUCGAUAGGUAUCGAGCCAUGUUCACUUUGAGGAAUCUCAGGACGAGGGAGAGCAUCCUAGCUCUGUGCCAAGGUUUGAAAGCGGGCAGCGCGUUGUUCAAACAUGAAAUAGCUUUCGUCCUGGGACAGCUUCAAGAAGAGGUAGCCGUCCCUCACUUGGAAGCCUCAUUAAGAGACACGCGAGAGAACGAAAUGGUGCGACACGAAUGCGCAGAGGCUCUGGGCUCGAUCGCUACUCCGGGCUGUUUCCGUAUUUUAAACGAAUACUUGAACGACGAAGAAAGAGUCGUCCGGGAGAGCUGUAUAAUCGCGUUGGAUAUGUGCGAGUACGAGAACAGUUCUGAGUUUCAGUACGCGGAUACUUUAGCCAAAAUUACCGAUUAAAUUUCAAACACGUAAUAUUCCGAAGAAACCAUUAAAAUUUGGAUUAACAUAUCCCAGAUGGAACCAUUCAUUGAUUUACAUUAACAAUUUUACCUAAAUCGAUUGGUAGCGAAUAAAAAUCGGAAAUCUUAUUCGAUUACAAAGGUAACAGAAAAUAUUGCCAAAAUUCAUAAAUUCUCCUCGGAUCCGAAGGGACAAUCCUCGGAAUUCGAAUUUCCAGUGGACGAAGAUUGAUGAAAAGAUUCAAUUGAUUUAAAUAAAAGUAGCCGAACUCCGCAAACUGAGAUUUUGCUCGAAUUCAUUGGGAAUCAGAUCGAAGGUCAGAGGAAGAGGAGCGGUGCAUCCGGAACGCUUGCGCGUUCAAUACCAAGGCUUGUAGCGACUGGAAGGGAUAGCGGAGUAACCGGGAGAAGAGCGGGUAGGUAGGGUAGGAGCGUGAAAUUUUGGUCAGUUCGGUCAGUCGCGCGCUGAACGGACAAACCGAGCAUCUUCCGUCCUCAGCCGAUCGAAAUUCGUCGGAUCGAACGCGAUCGCUCAUCGUCGAUAAAUCAAUUAAAUUCACUUAUAAACACUGUGUAAAGAGACGACACGAUCGAACGAUGAAGACCGUCGGCAAAUAGAUUUAAAUUAAAACUGUGGACCAAUGGAAAUAAAUUAAUCAGUAAAAAAUGA